CUUACUGGAUUGGCACUGAUAUUUUUGUCGCUAUGGACACUGUUAGAUCCAAGGCGUAAUUAUGUCCUUGACCUGGUCGAUUUCUCGGAGGAUGAUCCAUUACUUCGUGCGGCCAGUUAUCUGGCUCUUGUUACUGGUUCUGUUACAAUGAUAAUCGGCUUUAUUGGUUGUUGUGGUGCGAUAAAAAAAUCGUUAUGCUUGCUCAUCACCUUUGUGAUCUGUUUACUCGUAUUAUUUUUCGUUAAUAUAACAAUCGCUUGCCUGGCACUGUUCUACCGUAAUAAGUUUGUUGGCAAUAAACUUAGUGCGUAUUUAACAAAGUUAACACACGAUCGGUACUAUCGUCUUUAUUGGGUCACAUCACUCAUCGAUAUCAUCCAGUAUUAU